AUGAACCCGUCCGGCAACAAUAACAACAACAAUGCAGAUCCUUAUGGUCUCUUCAACUUUGAUUAUCCCUUGCAAUUCGACACGACCGACUUUAACGGCAAUGAGCUAAACGAUUCGCUGUUUCCGGGUGCACCUAUACCAGACAACUUUCUCCAGUUCAUGACGAGUGACACAGCACCAAGCGAUCAACAAGAUCCCAAUGCCACCACCUCAACGUCUCUUGUCAACAACGAAGGCUCCAUUUUGAACGAUGCCCAGAUGGCACAAGCAUCGCUACCGUUGGGUAGCAGCGCGAGCACACAAAACAAACGCGGUAGCAGCAGCAGCAGUAGUACGGGCGGCGGCGGCGGUAGCACUGGUGGUGGUGGUGGUGGUGGUGGUGAUACACAACAACAAGUAGCAGCAGGCCGUAAACGACCACGUAUACAAGAGGAGGAUGAGCCAUCGAAUCAAGCGACUUUUGUUCUUGUUGUUGGAGGAAGACCUUUUCGGCUUAGUUGGGAGUCUCUAAAGAGUGAUGGUCCAAACAACUUUUUCACCAACUUUUUCCGCAAGCGAAGGGGGACUCGUGUCAUGCAUAUUGAUCGUGAUCCAGAGAUCUUUGCUCUCAUCGUUCAUCAUUUACGUGGAUAUCAUGUUCGACCUCGAGACGAUGUACAAAACCAAGCUUUGGUGUGUGAUGCUGAAUAUUAUGGAUUGAAACGCCUUACGGCAUUCUUGCAAGAGCAUGUCUUUCUCAAUGUGGGUGGACGUGUAUUCAGGUUACCAUGGUCAUUGUUAAAGAAAGAUGGUGGAUCACGCAACUUUUUUACUGGACCCAUCAAGCAUCAAGUAUUCAGUCCUGCAAAAGGUGUUGGAGCACAAAGCGCACCCAUUUAUAUUGAUCGAGACCCGGAUAUCUUUGCCGACAUUGUCAAUCAUCUACGUGGCUACACUAUUCAUAUCCGUGACGAGGUGCAUCACAAGAACUUGCUCAAGGAUGCUCAAUACUAUGCACUAAGGAACUUGCGUGAGAAGUUGCUUACCUCACAGCAAACUUUGGAUGGAUUUGGUGAUCAAAGGUGGCGGGAAGUGCUAUUAUUACUACAAGACGUGCGAUUGGCGAAUGUGCUUCCACCCAUCAAGGAAGGGAUUCAGAGGUUGUGCUACAAGCGGGAUGACAGCCCUCAUGCAUUAUUGGUGCAACUGUCGGAAUUUGUGGUUCAAGUGCACAAGGAUGGGAAAUUGACUAUGGAUCUUGGUGUGAAAGACAAACAAAAGCUACAAGAAAUCAGCCAAGCCGUAUCACUUGAAGGUAUCCACGAGCAUCGUGUGAUCUUGGAUGAAGCUUGUGCAAUGACCGUGGAUGAUCGGCAAGUGCGUCAUAUCCGAGAAUUGGACAAUUGGGAAGAAAACUGGGAAACAUGUCAAAAGUGUGGUGAUGGUGAAUGCCGCGUCCUCAAGUUGAGCGUCCUAAAGGCAAUCGCUGGUGUACAAGUUCAAGAUAGCAAGUUGAUCCUCUGUUUAGUGCGCUUUGUAGCAAUUAGCUCAAGGUUCCAGCUCAACAUGAAACGAGAAUUUCUUCCCACUUAA